CACUGGAACCCGCUUGCCAGAUUUAGGGCUCAACCACACACCAAAAAAUUGAGCGAGUAGGCCAACAUUUGUGAGUGCAGUGAAGCCGAAAUCCACCUAGGACCGCGAAUCUUUCUCUUCAGCCCGCCAACCCUCAGCUCGCCAACAGACUCAAGACAAGACACCAAGUCAAGUCCAGUCCCGACAACACAAGUCCUAUUUUCAAGAUGGCUCACCCCGGAUCUCAGAUCUCCAAGCGGAGAAAGUUCGUCGCCGACGGUGUCUUCUACGCUGAGCUCAACGAGUUCUUCCAGCGCGAGCUCGCUGAGGAGGGCUACUCCGGCGUCGAGGUCCGCGUUACCCCCACCGUCACCGAUAUCAUCAUCCGAGCCACCCACACCCAGGAGGUUCUCGGCGAGCAGGGCCGCCGCAUUCGCGAGCUCACCUCGCUCAUCCAGAAGCGAUUCAAGUUCCCCGAGAACUCCGUCUCCCUCUACGCCGCCAAGGUCCAGAACCGUGGUCUCUCCGCCGUCGCUCAGUGCGAGUCCCUGCGAUACAAGCUUCUCAACGGUCUCGCCGUCCGACGUGCUUGCUAUGGUGUCCUCCGCUUCAUCAUGGAGUCUGGCGCCAAGGGUUGUGAGGUUGUCGUCUCCGGUAAGCUCCGUGCUGCCCGUGCCAAGUCCAUGAAGUUCACCGACGGCUUCAUGAUUCACUCUGGUCAGCCCGCCAAGGACUUCAUCGACCACGCUACCCGUCACGUUCUCCUCCGACAGGGUGUCCUGGGUAUCAAGGUCAAGAUCAUGCGCGGCUCCGACCCUGAGGGCAAGGCCGGUCCCCAGAAGACUCUCCCUGACGCUGUCACCAUUAUCGAGCCCAAGGAGGAGCAGGCUGUCCUCCAGCCUGUCAGCCAGGACUACGGCGCUAAGGCCGCCCAAGCCGCUCAGGCUGCUCAGGAUGCUCGAGUUGCUGAGGAAGAGGGUGGUGAUGAGGUCCAGGCUGUUGAGCAAUAAAAUGCUUAAAUCACCAGGCUGGGAAAAGCCGUCAAAACCUGAUGAAGGAAAGAUGGAGAUCCGUGGGAUGAGGGACGGAGGUCUACUCAGGCGUCAAUUGAUCAUUUGCAUCUGCUAAGGGCACGGACGGUUUCAUUCUUGCUUGUAAUGGUAGGCAAAGCAUAAAAGAGAAAAAAUGAGACCCGAAGAUUACGACGACACGUCUUGUGACUGUGUCUUCUGUCUACCAAUACCUUGAGUGCCUCUG